AUGAUUGAGCGGUUUCACCGACAGCUCAAGGCAGCCAUAACGUGCCACCCUAACUCAACGUGGCUCGAGGCUCUCCCAGCCGUCGCUCUUGGUCUGCGCGCCACUUUCAAACCAGACAUCCAGGCAACGCCUGCAGAACUCGUUUACGGGGAGCCGCUUCGCCUACCCGGGGAACUUCUCUCCGCUUCAGCUCCCGACAUCACUACCUCGGACCCUACAGACUUUGUCGCCCGGCUGCGCCGCACAAUUGCCUCACUGCGCCCGUCUCCAGCAACACGUCACACCAAGCCGACCCCGUUCGUGUUCAAGGACUUGGCAACGUGCUCGCAUGCCUUUCUCCGCGACGACACCGUACGUGCGCCGUUUCAACCACCUUACUCCGGACCCUAUAAGGUCAUCCGCCGUGACGACAAAUCAUUCACCCUUCAAAUCAGCGGGAGGGACGUUCGCGUCUCCAACGACCGACUGAAGCCGUCAUACAUCCUCUCCGAGGAAACUACCAACUCCUGCGCGCCUCCCGUAAAUCACCCACAACAGCCUCCAACGCCUCAGCCCGUGCCCUACAUCACGCGCUUUGGGCGCCAGGUGCGCGUCCCCAAUGCUCUUCAAACCUGA